AUGUCGAAUAUCUAUGACAAUUGGGAGAGAUUGGUGGGAGCUGUGAUCCGGAGAGAGCAACUAUGGCAAAUGUUUCACGAUCAGAGCCCUAGUGUCAGCUCCACAUCGUCUGAUUCCAGUUUGGAUUCUCAAGUCCUUGAUGUACCUUACGAUUUUUCAAGCCCUCGAGGUUCAUCUCCGUAUCAUGAGCUACCUCCAUCCGCAGUUGAAAAUUUUCAGAAGAAAGAAAAAUCUGUUGAGAAGGAGGUUUCUGACCUGGUAUUUGUUCAGAGUUUUAGUCAUCUUUUUGACCUUGAAGACAUGUUGAGGUCUACUGCUCAAUUUCUGGGGAAGGGAACAUUUGGAAGUGCAUAUAUGGCAGCUAUGGAUAAUGGAAUAACAGUUGUGCUCAAAAGAUUGAACGCAGUGAAGAUUCCGGAAAAGAAGUUCAGACAACAGAUGGAGGUAAUUGGAAAUGUCAGGCACGAAAACGUGUGUGAAUUGAAGGCGUACUAUUUUUCCAAAGACGAAAAGCUCAUGGUGUAUGAUCAUUACAGUAAUGGCAGCGUAUCUCAAAUGUUACAUGGAAACACUGGCGGGAAUCGGGCUCCAUUAGACUGGGAAACGAGACUGAGAAUUGCAGUCGGUGCAGCAAGGGGUAUUGCUCACAUUCACAAGCAAAGUAGUGGAAAACUUGUCCAUGGAAACAUAAAAUCAUCAAACAUUUUCCUUAACUCACAACAGUAUGGCUGUGUGUCUGAUCUUGGCUUGGCUAGCACGAUUCAAUCACCAGUCAUGCGAACUGCCGGGUACCAUGCGCCAGAAGUCAAGAACACCCGAAAUGUGUCCCAAGCGUCUGACGUCUAUAGCUUUGGAAUCCUGCUGCUUGAACUUCUCACUCGAAAGUCCCCUUUACAUGCCACAUGUGGCAAUGAGGUUGUCGAUCUAGUCAAAUUGGUUAAUUCUGUCAAUGGUAAGGAGCGAACUGCUAAUGUGUUUGAUGUAGAGCUGUUCAGAAACCGUAACAUAGAGGAACAAAUGGUAAAGAUGUUGGAAAUGGGGAUGAGUUGUGUAGUAAAAACCCCAAGGAAAAGACCUAAAAUGGCCCAAGUAGUGCAGAUGAUGGAGGUUAUUUGGAAGAUGAUGGAGGAAAUUACUAUGAUAAACGCAAGAAAUAACCUUCGACCGAAGCUUGUAUUUGUUGAGAGCCGUAAUCCUGAUUUUGACCUUGAAGAUAUGUUGCGGGCUUCUGCGGAGGUUCUUGGGAAGGGAACAUUUGGGACUUCAUACAAGGCAACACUAGAUAAUGGAAUUACAAUUGCAGUAAAGAGAUUGAAGGAUGUUAUUGUUACAAGUAAAGAAUUUCUGCAACAAAUGGAGGUCAUUGGAAGAAUGAGGAACGAAAGUAUUGCUACAUUAAUCGCAUACUACUACUCACAUGACGAAAAGCUUAUUGUGUAUGAUUAUUAUGGUGCGGGGAGUGCAUCUUCCAUGCUACAUGGAAAAUUUGGCGAGAAUAAAAUUUCUUUAGAUUGGGAAACUCGUCUAAGAAUUGCAGUUGGGGCAGCAAGGGGUAUUGCUCACAUCCACUCACAACUUGGCCAGAAUCUCAUACAUGGAAAUGUAAAAUCCUCGAAUAUUUUCUUAAAUGCUCAAGGAUAUGGCUGUAUUUCAGAUGUCGGAUUGAAAGCAUUAGCGAAUACACCUUUGAUGUUACAUAGUCGAUCUUCAGGGUAUCGCGCCCCAGAAGUCAUAGACAACAAGAAAUUGUCCCAACCUUCUGAUGUCUACAGCUUUGGAGUCGUGCUACUCGAACUUCUUACUGGAAAGCCAACUUUUCCUUUUGAAGAUGACGAGGCCAUUGAUCUAGUUUGCUGGGUUGCUUCAGUUGCUCAUGAGGAAUUGAAUGCAGAAGUGUUCGAUAUAAAGUUGUUGAGGUAUCAGAACAUCGAGGUGGCAAUGGCGAAGUUUUUGCAAAUAGCAUUGAUUUGUGUUGGAAAUGUCUGA